CAGCACACCACACUCCCAAACUGUGGCCUCAUAUUUUCCUACACUUUCUUCUUCCUUUUCUUUUCUACCAAACAAUCUAGACCGCACUCAUAAAAAAUCAUAAAAGCUCCAUUCUUGCCCUUCAAUUUCUUGAACCCAGAAACAAUUUUCUUUAAAAAUGUCUCUACGUUUCUCUUCCCACGUUUUCAAUCCCCAUUCAGCAAAACACCAUAGCUUUUUCCUCACUCGUUUCUCUUCACAAUUCAUCAAGAAAAUCCAGGUAAGUUCUAUUCCCUACGCCUUUCCAUCUUCAAUCGUCAAUUCAUCAGAACUCUAUAAGUUCGGCAGAGAAAAGCAAAACCCCAUAACAGUUUCUUCAACAACCCCAAGUGUUGAAACAGCCAAAACAUCUUCAUUCAGAAACAAAAACCCAAAAGAAGUCAACAUUUUGGUUGUGGGCUCCACUGGGUAUAUUGGAAAAUUUGUGGUCAAUGAGUUGGUUAGUAGAGGGUUCAAUGUCAUAGCCAUAGCUAGGGAGAAGAGCGGGAUUAGAGGGAAAAAAAACGAGGAAGAGACUUUGAAUGAGUUGAGAGGGGCCAAUGUGUGCUUCUCAGAUGUGACAAAUUUGGAAACUUUGGAGAAAUCUGUGGAGAGUUUGGGUGUCCCAAUUGAUGUUGUCGUGUCAUGUCUAGCUAGCCGUACAGGUGGUGUGAAGGACUCGUGGAAAAUAGACUAUGAAGCAACAAGGAACAGCCUUGUCGCGGGCAAGAAAUUUGGGGCCUCACAUUUUGUGUUGCUGUCUGCAAUAUGUGUGCAGAAGCCGCUCCUCGAAUUCCAGUGCGCGAAGCUGAAAUUCGAGGCGGAGUUGAUGAAGGAAGCGGAGGAGAAUGGAGGGUUCAGUUACAGCAUUGUGAGGCCAACUGCUUUCUUCAAGAGCUUGGGGGGUCAGGUUGAGUUGGUUAAAGAUGGGAAGCCUUAUGUCAUGUUUGGGGAUGGGAAGUUGUGCGCUUGUAAGCCGAUUAGUGAGCCGGAUUUGGCGUCUUUCAUUGCUGAUUGUGUGUUGGGUGAGGACAAGAUUAAUAAGGUCUUGCCUAUUGGUGGGCCUGGGAAGGCUUUGACACCAUUAGAGCAAGGUGAAAUGCUGUUUAGACUGUUGGGGAAAGAGCCAAAGUUCUUGAAAGUUCCCAUUGGGAUAAUGGACUUUGGUAUUGGAGUUCUUGAUUUCCUUGUCAAGAUCUUUCCCUCAAUGGAAGACGCCGCUGAGUUCGGGAAGAUCGGGAGGUAUUAUGCAGCGGAGAGUAUGCUGGUUUUGGAUCCUGAGACUGGAGAGUACAGUGCUGAGAAGACACCAAGUUAUGGGAAAGACACUUUGGAGGAAUUCUUUGAGAGAGUGCUGAGGGAAGGAAUGGCUGGACAGGAAUUAGGAGAGCAGACAAUUUUGUAAAGAAAAUUUGUGUCAUGUUCUGAAAGUCUUUAUUCUUUAGAAUGAAAAAAAAAAGGCUUUAUUGAAU